AUGAUCGAGAAACGCAACGAGGCGCUACACAUAAACCCAGAUGUUUUCCACUAUCCUACCUCUACCGAUAUAGCUAUCACAACCCGUGGAAGCGAUGUGUAUUGGGCCAUCACUGCCGCAAUGGCCUUUGCAACUCUAUGUUUCCUAGCAUGGAGUUUCCGCAUUCCACGAAGCAAACGUAUUUUUCAUUAUAUUACUGCGGCUAUCACGAUGACGGCUGCAAUUGCUUAUUUUACCAUGGCCUCGAAUUUGGGAUAUGCUUCCAUCAUUCAGGAAUUUCAACGUGGUAAUCCGAAAGUUAGGGGUGUUACGAGGGAGAUUUUCUACGUGAGAUAUAUCGAUUGGGUUGUUACUACUCCUCUGUUACUCUUAGAUAUCCUCUUAACAGCCGGUCUUCCAUGGCCUACAAUCCUAUUCACGAUAUUUCUCGACGAGGUAAUGAUUAUCACCGGACUCGUCGGUGCCCUCGUCGCCUCCUCUUAUAAAUGGGGAUACUUCGUCUUCGCCAUGUUCGCCCUCUUCGGCAUCGCCUGGAACAUCCUCUUCGUCGGUGCUCGCCACGCUAAAUCCCUAGGCACAGAAGUAAACAAAACAUACUGGAUGUGCGGGGGCAUCACCAUGUUCCUGUGGUUUCUAUAUCCUAUCGCAUGGGGACUCUCAGAGGGCGGAAAUAUCAUAGCUCCUGAUUCCGAAGCUGUGUUCUAUGGUGUUCUGGAUGUACUUGCUAAGAUUGGUUUUGGGAUUUUGCUCCUGAAUGGUCAUCGCAAUAUUGAUCCGGCUCAUCUGGGUUUGCAUAUUAGGGAUUAUAAUGAGCAGCCGGGUUCGUUUCAUGAGAAGAAUUCAUAUGCGAAUGGUGCGGCUGGUAGUUCGUCUGCUCCGGUGACGGGGGCGGGUGCGGGUACGUCGACGGGUUAUGGUAAUGGGUUUGGUGCGACUGGGGCUACGGCGGCGCAUUCAAAUGCUGCUGCUCGUGAUGGCGGGGCUCAACCGGUUAAUUCGUCGGUGGUUUGA